GAAGGCGAACUUUCCUGCCAGCUCGGAGCCAGCCGUGCCGCAGCCGGCCACUGGCAGCUGGGCUGACGCUCGAGACUUUCGUCGCGGAAACGGGGCAGCCACAAGCGCGGCCGGAGGGCGGAGGCGAGGAGCGGCCCCCUCCCGGGCCAGCCUCGGCUCCGGCGCCCGCGCUGGGCGUCCUCCUGGACCGGAGUUUGCGGCCGCCGCGCCUUUGUCCUCCCCGGCUGCGCCCUCCCCUGCUCCGCCCUCCCCUGCUUUGCGCGCCUCCCUCGCUCCGUCCGCCCCGAUUGCGCUUCGCCCGGGCGAGCGGCGGCGGCUGCAGAGCCAGCGAGGAGGAGAGAUGGGGGCGCCCAGGCGAAGCGCGGCCGCCGGGCGGCGGAUCGGGCCGGGCGAGAGCGGCUGCGGCCGCCCCUGGGAGCUGCUGGGCCGGGCGGCGCUGGCUUGCUUUGUGCUGGCCCUGGCGCUGCCGCCGCCGCCGGCCACUCGCGCCCAGGAACAGCCGUCCUGCCGCGGAGCCUUCGAUCUCUAUUUCGUCCUUGACAGAUCGGGGAGCGUAAAGAACAACUGGACUCAAAUCUUCGACUUUGUCAAGAAGUUGACGGACAGAUUUGUGAACCCCCGAAUGCGAUUAUCUUUCAUUGUGUUUUCCACUCAAGCGGAGGUCAUUAUGCCAUUAACGGGAGACAGAAGGAAAAUUGAAGAAGGUCUCAGAGUGCUAAGUACAGUCACGCCGAGAGGUGACACAUACAUGCACGAAGGGUUAAAAGAGGCGAACAAACAGAUUCAAAAGGAACAAAACAUGAAGUCCAGUAGCAUUAUAAUUGCUCUGACAGAUGGGCAGCUGACCAGCCUCAUUCCACUCUAUGCAGAACAAGAGGCGAACAUAGCCAGGAAACUGGGAGCAAGAGUUUACUGCGUUGGAGUCCUUGAUUUUAAUCAGAAUCAGCUUGAAAAAAUCGCAGAUUCAAAAGAGCAAGUCUUCCCUGUCUUUGAAGGAUUCCGGGCCCUCCAAGGGAUAAUUAAUUCUAUAUUAAAGCAAUCAUGCACAGAAGUUUUAUAUCUGGAGCCCUCAAGUGUCUGUGUGGGAGAGGAGUUCCAAGUUGUCCUCAGAGGAAGCGGCUUCAUGCUGGGCAGGACGCAAGAUAGUGUUGUCUGCAGUUACUUUGUAAAUGGAACCACGAAGAAUGAAAAGCCCAUACAGGUGGAAUCUAAUUUUAUGCUCUGCCCAGCACCCGUUCUAUAUGAAGUUGGCGAGCAACUCGAAGUUUCAGUCAGCUUGAAUGAGGGGCAGACUUUCAUCUCCAGCUCCUUAACAAUCACUGCGACAGAAUGUUCCAGUGGAAUCGUUGCCCUUAUAGUUAUUCUCGUGCUGUUACUCCUGGUGGCUCUUGCUCUCUUCUGGUGGUUCUGGCCUCUGUGUUGCAAAGUGGUCAUUAAGGACCCUCCUCCGCCUCCACCUCCUCCAAAAGAGGAAGAAGAAGAGGAUCCGUUGCCCUCGAAAAAAUGGCCAACGGUGGACGCUUCCUAUUACGGCGGACGAGGAGUCGGAGGGAUUAAAAGAAUGGAGGUUCGCUGGGGUGAUAAAGGAUCAACCGAAGAAGGUGCCCGGCUAGAGAAGGCCAAAAACGCAGUGGUAACCGUUCCUGAAGAACCAGACGAACCGUAUCAACCUAGGGCACCAAAACCCAAACCUACCUCACAGCCUGUUCAGGCGAAGUGGUACACACCAAUUAAGGGCCGACUGGAUGCGCUGUGGGCUCUGCUGAGGCGGCAGUAUGACAGAGUGUCUUUGAUGCGGCCGCAGCAAGGAGAUGAGUGCCAUCCCAGCGUAACAAACAAAAGUCUCUGUCCCAUGGAGCUUACAAUAAAAAAGCCAGCAUGGGCCGAUGCAUGAACUUCACCCGAGUCCAGUCUCAGUAAAGGAAUGCAAAAAGAUGAACGACCAUCACUCUUGAAUGAUAACCAAAGAAAGAUAAUGAAGCACUUCUACCAAAAUCCUCAGAUGGCCACCCAGAAGGUUGUUCCAUUUGGAUCCACCAUAAGCCACUUUUUCUGCACUAAGCUUUUACAUCCGCCAUUUUCUUCUACGCUUGUUACCUCAUACAAUAUCCAUUCAGUAUUAUAUGAUUUGCAGUGGUCAUCACGUGAAGAAGAACAUUGACUUUGUGUGCCUUGGUUUUUGCUGAAAAUCGAGUACAGGAAUCACAAAGGAAACAAACCACCCAAAAUGUCGGCUUUUGUUCUCAUCCCCUCAGUAUUGUAGAUGAACGAGAUGUACUCAUGCCUUUCUGUGCCUUUACCAAGAGCGGCAUUGUUUCUCAGAUGUGGAGACGGCACUUGUUAUUUAAAUAGGAAAGUAUUAGCCACAGGCAGAAGAGAGAAAUUCCCACCAGGCUUGGAAAAAUGUAAGAGUUCAUUGCCUUGCAGCGACGUCCUAUCACUAAAUCCUUUUGAGUCUGUCCCCACCACCACAUCGGAUUGUGCCUUACGGGAACCUUCUGACUGAAAAUCUUGUCACUUUAACACUGAGUAGUGCACACGCUUGACAAAAUGUAGACACGGGGCCUCAAGGUAUUAGUGGCAAGCAAGACUUUGCCCUUUAGUUUCUGAAGACACCUUUCUUUCAUUAUGUACCCAGGACAGGAAGAAAAAAUUAAUAGAGCGUUAUUCCAUGGGAAGACAGCCUGCAAGCAGAGAUCUUGAGCAGAGAUGGAGGGACUGAUGCUUAAAGGCCUUGGCACUGUGGCUGAUACGUUCCCCCCCACCAUGCACUCAGCGCUCAGUAGCGCAUAAAAACAUUACACUUUAUGAACAUAUUAGUGAUUCUAGGCUUUCUGUUUUGUUGUUGUUGUUUUAAUAUUGAAAAACAGUUGCCACAAAGCUGGUAUCUCAGGGUCCGUCUCUCCCCACCCCCCACCCCAUCCCCACAUCUCCAAGGGCUCUUUGGCGUCACAAGCCAGUAACUCUCUUUGCAUGAGAAUUUCAAAGUUUAAUUAAUAUAAUUAAAGGCAACAGCAAGCAGCAGCCUGUGAAGGUUUUGCUCAUCUUUUUUAUGCCUUUUGACAUUGAAUGACCUAUUACUGUAUGCGCAUUACUCAGUUUUUGAGGAGGGUACCACAUCUUGGUGGAGAUUCAACACUGAGGCCAAAGGAGGGGGGAACCACUGAGAGAGAAGAAGGGAGCCCUCCUAUACUCAGUUUAUAAAUUAAAUUUACAGAAGUGCUGGCCAUUGGAAAACGUUGACAAAGUAUGUAUUACAAUUUUUUUAGGGGGAAAAAAACAGGGUUGUGUCACGUCGGCGGUGCCAAAUUAUGUUAGCGUGAGUGGAAACACUGUGGGGGAGGAAGGAGGCAGCAGCUGAAGAGAGAGGCUCAAAUGAUCCAGUCACUUUCGAUACUGUACUUCAGAUGCAAAAUGGAUAUUCGAGUCGAAACCUGACAAAGUGCGCCUGCUUUGAUGGGAACCGGUAUAGACAGUGACCAGUGGCUGGGUCAGUGGGAUGCCUCUCUGCGAGCAGGAAGGCUUAUCAAAUGACACUAAAAAUAAGUUCAACAACCAUCACGUUUGAGGGGAAAAGGCGAAUAUUUCACAUUGGCUGGGCAUGCGUGCGCACAAGACGGGAAAGAGCGAAGGGAUGCGUACUGGGCUAAUUAUCCCCCCUUUAUGGCUUUUCAUUGAAAUUGCAAGGGACGUAAAAUAAUUCCCUUGGUCGGUGGCCAAAUGCACGGCUCUUCCCAAGCACGUCUGCCAUCACAACAUAGCCUCUUGCUUCCACUGCACAUUGGAUUGAGAUGAUCCGUGCCACUGGGAGCAAUGCCAGUGCCCCUUGAGAGCACCUGUCAAUAAAAUCCUUUACCUGAAGCUUCUACGGUCACUUCUCACUUUUAUUAAAACCCUUCUUCCCAGAAGCAAUGCAUGCUUUCACUGGGUAUGCAGUCAGCUUCGACUCACUGGUGUCAUCCAAUAGAUUCACCUUCCCGUGGCAUCACAUGAGUUCCAGGAAGGCAUGUCACAGGCUAACUCAGGGGAUUUAUGCUUGCUGUACAAUUAUUUAAAUUUGUUGGCUGCUAUGCCAUGUGUAAUGUGCAGGUUUGGCAAUGUAAGUAGACUAAGGAAAUGUGAUGCAGUUGCUUUCUGCAAGCUCUAGCAAGAAUAGAAUUCUGUCUUUGUAAUGAGGCCUCCAGAUCUUUUUAGACAAGGGCUGAUUCCGCACACGUUGGAUAAUGCACUUUCAAUGCACUUUAUCAAUCGUUUGAGGUGGAUUUUUUGUUCCGCACACAAAAAAAUCCAUUCUAAAUGAUCUAUAAAGAGGAUUGGAAGUGCAUUAUCCAACGUGUGCGGAAUCAGCCAAGGAGAUAGUUCAUUUUAAUGUCCAAAACAGACAUUGUAUAAAUGCAGUCUUUCUCUACAAGCAGAUCUUUUAAUUUACUGAAAACUCCUGGUUAAGUCUGUGUAAAUUCCAGCUUCCUCAUCUCACACUGAAAACUAAACCAAGUCCAUUUUCACUCUGUGCUUACCUUGAUAAAUGGUGCUUCAGAUGGAGCUUCAGAUUAGGGUCAAAGCCGCUGAAACACUCGGUAUGAAAUGUGAAAUAAAUUCAGAUGUACCACAUGUAACAAAAUGGUUCAAUCGAAUUGAAAUGUUCAGGAAAGAAAACGGUCUUUUAAAAAUAUUCCUUCUAGAUAGCAAAUGUGAACCCAUCCACUCCCUUUUAAAGGUACAUUUAAAAAAUGCUACCAUGAAAACUGUGUUUUAGGAGACUCCAGUAAUGAAUAUUUAAGGAGAGGAUGUUAGUAAUAUAUUCGUGGCAUUUAAAAAGGUACUCUUUUACAUGAAUCAUAGUUUCAACUUUUUGGUUUAUUGUUUUCAAGAAAUAAAACUGCAACAUGGUGCUUUAUCACAAGAUAUCUUUUAUGCAGAGCAAUGGAGAUUUCACAGAUUGUAUCAUUUCUCCCUUUUUAUUAUUAUAUUAUUUUUAUUUUUUUAAAUCCUUUCUUCAUUUGUAACAUGUAUCUUAAUUGGUAAAUAACAUCCCAAUGAGAUACAGUUAAAUAUUGACAGAAAUAGGCAGAAUUUAAGGCCUGUUUUCAAGAGCCCAUGAUUUCAGAAAGAGUGUGUGGCUGUUUGUUAAAUUCACGCACAGCAAGUUUCAGUAAAAAAUGAUCCAAAACAUUAACAUAGUAUAUUAAAAGUAUUAAAGCGAUACUUUUUUUAAAAUGGAAAAGGCCAUCCGUACAAAUAUCUCAAUGUGUUUUCAUGUAUAUAUUACCAGCCAAUAAUAAUAUUGUGGUAAGAGAAAAGUGGAUUGAAUCCCAUGGCGUUAGAUGGUCAUGUGGAAAGGACUAGCUGAGAAAACACACACUUUUAUUUAAAAUUGUUUCUAAAGUGAAGAAAAUGGCACUGGAAAUGACAGGAUUUCGAGUGGUGCCAGAAGGUGUGUUACCUUUCCAUAUAAAUUAUUUUUCAUCCAUUCCUCUAUGUGUGUGUGUGAGAGAGAGAGAGAGAGAGACCCCUGAAUAUUGUGGCUAAACAGAAGACUAUGUUAAUCUCUGUGCUGAAAUUAUGAAUUUUCCUGUGUCAGGAAAUAUAAUUCAUUAUGCAAUGAAGCUGUUUAAAAAAUAAAAGCAACCCACCUUAAGACGUGUACAUAUAUUAGCCAUAACGGAGUUCAAUUCUUUAGAUCUUGUUAAAUAAACUAAUAAAAUAUCCACAUGGGCAACUGUGUUCCAA